UUAUAAACCCAUUUUCUAUUUUUAUAUUUAAAACAUCAGAAACCACCACCAGUCAGUGUUAUUUCUCAAUUCUGAAGCAGAAGAUGGAAAUGGAAGAACCCGUGAAGGAACAGUCUCUCUCUGUUGGAAAUUCUGCGAGAUCUAAACUCCUGAGGUAUCCACUACGAUCGUCCUCUAAAUUCAAAGAAAGCAAACCAGACCCACCUGAUGCCACCAUUUCUUCUGCAUCUAAAAGAGGUUUAAGUACUCCUAGUGUAAGCAGAAGUGUGGUUGGUCUUAAUUUCUCCGGAAAGGACAAGUCCACUGGUGCUAAACCACCAAGGAGACUCUCUGUUCCUGCCAAAGCCUCUUCCUCUCCAAACCCAAAGUUGAUUGGCAACAUUACCCCAAUCUCAGAGACCAGAAAAAUUAGGUAUGGUAAUGAUGACCAAGGGCCUCAAAGCAGAAGUCAAACACCCGCAUCGGACAUUUCCAAAACACACGGCCGAAUGAAGUUCAAUCUCAUUUCUUCCUCUUCAUAUUGGCUAAACCAGAUCCAUCUCUCUGAAUCUGCUGCUAAGCACUCUGUUUCACUUGGAUUCUUCAAACUGGCUUGGGAAGCAAGAUGUGAGCCGUUCCCAAAGAUGCAGGACGAGCUAAAAUCUUAUGUGCAAAGACAUCGGCUUGCAGAACUCGAAGAAGUGAAAGAACUGCUUCAAAGCUAUCGCAUUGCAGAAAAUAUCGAGCAGAGCCAAGUUUCUGAAAGCAUUUCGCAGGUGCUAGAGGAGGGAACUCGAUCCUCCGGUGAAGAAGUACACUGCUGUUCUUCAUCAAUCACGGAUACUGAAAUAGUGAAACCGGAACCAUUGGAAACGGAAACCACUCCACUUACUCCUGUUAAAACAGAGCAAUCAAAGAAGGAAACUGACCAAAAGAAUAACCUCGGAUCCACGUUGAGAGAAGAUCUCAAAAAGAACCCUGCAAAUUCAAGACCUGCUGCUUCUGACAAGGGGAGCUCUGGGUUGGUUAAAAAAUCAAAGAAGCCAACUAAGCAACAGACUAAGAAGGGAAGCAGUGGGGUCAAUAAACAACACAAAAAAUCUGAUGUUAUUAAAGUUCCAAUCAGCCCUACAGGUUCUGAAGAAAAUGCACAUGGAAACAAAGAAAAUAUGGACGUUCGGUCAACUGAUGAGGUCAGUUUGUUGACAGAAGUCUCGUAAACAAGACUGCAGAUAUUAAUUUAAUCCUCAAACUUUGCUUACAAUGCUUUAUGUUUGCCCAGUUUGUCUCUCUAUAGGAAAACAGGGUGAAAAUUGUUUUCAUACCGUUUUGUGCUUCCGUUUCUUGAUGUGUUAUCAAACCAAACUGUAUUAAAUAUUCUGGCUGGUCUUGUCUAUUUUAAGUGCUUUUAUAAUUAUAAUAUAGAUUUCUGACAUGUAA